AUGCGGGUGCUAAACAUAGCGAAUAACGAUGAUUGCAUAAAGUACAUUGUGUGUAAGCAUGGGAGGCCCGAUUUUAUGUGGACCGUUGAAUUUUGUCAAGAAGAAAUGAUCUUCAUGUGUACCUGUUUAAGAAUAGAGUCAUUUGGAAUUCUUUGCGAACAUAUUGUGAAAGUUCUAGAUGAAAGAGACAUUUGUGAGAUUUCCUGGUCAUUGGUAUUGGAUAGAUGGACAAAAAAGGUGAAAUCAGCACUCAAUGAUGCAAGUGGGUUCACCAGGGAUGCUGUUGUUAUUAGUCGUCAAAGUGCCUUGAUGGAAUUUUCUAAACAAUUGGCUGUUGUUGCUACUAAAGUCCCAAAGAGAUAUGAAGAGACACGUGACAUAAUUAUAGGAUUGUACUCAUCUUACAAGGCUGCAAAUGAAGGCAUUAAUCAACCUCAGUCAAGUGUAGCUAAAAGUAGCAAUCUGUAUAUGCAUCAAACCAAUAUAGGCUCAGGACAACCAUCUAAGAAGAAGCGGCAACGUUGUAAUGUUUGUCAAAUGGAAGGACAUAAGAAGACAACAUGUCCUUGA